UAUUUGGUGUACUUUUUGAGUAUACUAUACUCCAUGUACUUUAAGUGGGAUAUCUCUACUAGACCAUGAAUUAAACCGAGUUUGGGGUAUGAUACGAUAUCCUAAUCUCUAAAGGAUAAACCCUAGGCCCCGAUUCUCUGAACUCAGAACUGAAGUUGAAUUUAAUAGAAAAUAUUAAUUGACCGUUGAGAUCGGUCGGAGCUCAGAAAAGGAGAUCUUAACGGUCAUAUCAUAUGGAGUAUAGUGUACUAUACCAGUCAUUACCUUAAAAUAAGAUGAUUUACUUACUUUUUCAACCUAUUUGCAUCUACUAUUUUUUCUUUUUUGUUGGAUAAGAGUGAUAUAGGUUUACAUUUUUGUUGUUUAUGUAUUCCAAUUUCUCCUUUUAACUUACAAUUCCUCGAAUUUGCACCACUUUAAUUACCAAAUAUAAUGUCAAAUAUCAAUUUUAUUUUGUUUUUUCAGUAAUAAUUUUUUAAAUCAGUGGUAACUGAUUUUAUGUAACGGUCUACAAAUUUACUGUGACCAUCAAAUUAAUGAGGUGUCAAUUGAUAAAUAAAUAAAAAUUCAUUUUAAUUUCGCUUCAUCAUUUCCUCAUCCACUUGACCAUUAAAGGUUAAUUUGCGAUUCAUUCCAGCAAUUUGUGCUAAAAGGGAAGGAUGAGAAAGUGGUGCAUUGAAAAUUAAAAAUGCAAGUUUUUUUAAAUUGACACCUCAUUAAUCAGACGAUCAAUAUAUAAUAUAUUUUAAUAAAAUUACAAGGAGGGUGAUCAGUAACCAAAAGUAAACAAUAAAUGUAAAUUCGAUGACUACUAGUAUGACAAAAAAUUCUUAGAAAAAAUGGCCCAGUUGCAUCAUGCAUGGCCAAGAAAGCCGGGCUGAAUCCUUUGGGUCCGGGGUGGGUCUACUACUAGACAUUUGUGGGCUGAACAUUGAGCCCAAUAGUGGCGUCACUACGGACACGGUCCCAACCUCCACGUAAGGUAUUUCAGGAAAAAGGAGCGGCCGAGAAAUGUCGGCGGGGCCGGUUCUUGUCGCCGGCUGUUGAGGAAGACAUUACAGAGAGCGAUAGAGAGGGAAGUUUCUUGUUUCUUCAGUUUCAGCAGCGACCACCCAAAACCCAAGGAUCCAAGGAUAAGGUGCAGUAACGGGUAACGCCCGCUGCUGCCCAGCCGUUAAAAAAGUGGAUGGGGAACUCCCACGGCCACCACCGCAGGCAGCAUAACGGCGGCGGCCAACCUCCCUAUCCCUGUCCUCCACCAGCCUUUAUGCCCCGACCAGAAGAUCAGGCCCCUCCGCAACAAGCUGCGAGCUCCGGCGCUUCGAAUAUGGCAACUUCUCUUCCCUAUGCUCACGUCGACUCCGCCUUGCGCUCCCUCGCCGGCCAAGCUGAAGGGUUUGGCCGCUUUGCUGUCGGUGGCUUCCAUGGAGCUCUUCAUUGCGUCACCACUUUAGCAGAUGAUGGGCCAGGAUCUUUGAGAGAAGCAUGCAGGAAGAAAGAGCCGUUGUGGAUUGUUUUCGAGUUAUCAGGCACCAUUCAUCUCAAUUCUUACUUGAACGUCUCUUCCUAUAAGACCAUCGAUGGCCGGGGUCAGAGAAUCAAGCUUACAGGGAAAGGCUUGAGGCUUAAAGAAUGUGAGCAUGUGAUUGUAUGCAAUCUUGAGUUUGAAGGCGGGAGGGGCCCCGAUGUUGAUGGCAUUCAGAUAAAACCCAAGUCGAAGCACAUAUGGAUCGACCGUUGCAGCCUUAGUGAUUAUGACGACGGCCUAAUAGACAUCACUCGAGAGAGCACAGACAUCACCAUUUCCAGGUGUCACUUUUCCCGGCAUGAUAAAACCAUGCUUAUCGGAGCAGACCCAUCUAAUGUUGGCGAUCGAACUAUGCGAGUCACAAUCCACCACUGUUUCUUCGAUGGAACGCGGCAAAGGCAUCCUCGUGUUAGAUAUGGGAAAGUGCAUUUGUACAACAAUUACACCAGAGGCUGGGGCAUCUAUGCUGUUUGCGCAAGUGUGGAAUCACAGAUAUACUCCCAAUGCAACAUAUACGAAGCAGGACAGAAGAAGGUUGCAUUUAAGUACCUCACUGAGAAGGCAACCGAUAGGGAGGAAGCCAGCUCGGGCCACAUAAGAUCUGAAGGCGACGUGUUCAUAAAUGGAACUCAAGCCGGGUUAAUGGCCAUGGGCGACGAAUUAUGCAUCUUCCAUCCCAGCGAAUUCUACCCGACUUGGACUGUGGUGCCCGCGACAGAAACUCUUAAGCAGCUUCUCCAUCGAUUCACAGGGUGGCAACCUGUUGCGCUGCCAGUUGAUCAGCCGAUUGCUGUGCAGUGAUGUUCAUAUACAGCCACAUACAUACAAGAACGGAAACUUCUCCAUAUGCAAUUACAUUCCUACUGUACUUUAAAGUAGAUAUGGAUGAAUAAAGAGGCUUUGCUGUAACAUGAUCUAUUUCGUUUCACCUGUAAUUUAAUCUUCAAUAAGCUUAAUUCUGUAAUGCCAGUAACUCUAUGUGUCUAAACUACAAGAUACGAUGAAUGGUCUGAUCUAUUAAUUGGAUCGCAACCUUCUCCAUUAUGAAUGUUUAUUUCUUGGGUGCUUAGUUAGUUAGUUACCAAGCAUGUAAAUCUUUCACUCUUAGACUCUUUCAAGUACAUUACAAUGUUGUGUGAACGUAUAUAAAAAAGAAAUGUACAUCGUGAAUAAAAGACUCUGCCACUCCAAAACUCUCACUUUCUCAUAGACAAGGAAAAUUCAAAGUUUUUGCCGCUCGAGAGCCCAUCAAUUCCUUACGAGUUUAUUACCGUUUGUUAACGAAGUCGCAAAGCAUUUUUUUGGAGUGCAUAAGGAUCCAUUAUGGUAUCUUCCGGUUUAGUUCUAUGGGUGGCUAGAUAAAUCACCAUAAGGUUCAACUCCUGAUUUUGUUGAGUUAUAUAUUCACCAAAUGGACUGUUUAAGAUCACCAAAAUGUUCAACUCCUAAUUUUGCGAGUUAUACAUUCGUAGAAUGAAUAGAUAAAUUGAAAAUCGGCUCCAUUCUAGCAUUAAAUAAGAUAAUUUGAAUCAUGCACGUGAAGUUGUUGUCGUCGCGUUGAAGGAAAUAUUAGAUGCAUAUUAUAUCUUGCUCAAACAAUUUAGAUGCGUCAAACACAAAAUCAAUGAAAGAUAAAACUGUUGACCACUCGAACACUAAAUAUACGUGAGGUGGCUUCUAAGGUACUCCGGGUGAAAUAUGGGGUAUUACAUACUUUGAGUAUGAAAACGCUUUCUAGACCUCGAAUUAGCAGGGUUUUGGGACUGAUACUAUACCCUAACCUUUAAUGAGUGAAUCCUAGGUCCUAAUUAUCUAAAUCAUAAACUAUAAAUCCUAAUUUGGUGCAUUCAUUUUCUGCAUAUAUUUGGACGAAUCAUAACCGUUGAUUAUUAUUUCUAAUUAAAUUGAUAUUGAGGUAUAAGAUUUAGAUAAUUAAGACAUAGAUUUUGAUCUUUAAAGGUUAGAGUAUAGUAUCAUGUCCGAAAGAUCAGUCAAUUCAAAAUUUAGAUAAUCUUUUUAUACUCAAUGUAUGCGGUAACCCAAAUUUCACCAUACCAUAUACAUGAAUAUGAUAUUCCAACAAUCACAACUCUUAUCGGUUGAUAUUAUUAUUGAUCUUGCUAAAGCACACUAAAUGUUGUAGCUAUCCUACCAUACGGAAUAAUCAAAUAAUCAGAAUAAGUGAAUUAUAAGAAAUAGGAUCCCAACACCAUUAAAUAAAAAUGACAAAUUGUAGGAGGAAAAAAAAAAAACAAAACAUGCAAUCUAUCCGGCGAGACAAAACUAGUUUGUGUUUAGGUCAUAAUGGCCUUAGUUAGUAAAAUUAGUCUAUAGAACCAAGGUUGUCAACUACGAGCUGAUCUGGACCCGGUCGAGCUAGUGGAUCAAGGGUUAACGAGUCACCCGUUUUAGCCCGGUUUAGUCCGGAAAUAUAAAAAGACUUAUUAUAUUGUACCUAUUCUGAUAAAUUAUAUUGAAUCCCAUCUAACUUAUGAGUUAUAACAUAUAAUAUUACACCAAAAUAGCAUGUCGUACUUAUAUUACACAAUUUCUCCCUCUUUGGAACGCAAUGCACCCGUUUUCUUUGGUACGUACCUUCUGCUUAAUUUUGUCACAUCUGAUUUGAUGGUCGGAAUACCAAUUUCAAAUUAGUCAUGGAAUUUGCUUGUUUUGUAGGCUCCCCAUUACGUGAAUGGUGAUCCAACCAUCAAGCAAUAUUCAGCCCCACAUCUCAAAGCAAUUGCUGAUCAAUUGCUCCAAACCAACAAUAAUAAUUGAUAGAAAUACAUUUUUCUUUUAUCAUCGUGUAAUUUACCAUUGAAGUUGAGUCCCAAUCGUAAUUAGGUGUGUCAUUUAUUACCAACGAUUCUUGCUUGCUUUAGUUUGCCACCACCAAAUCUUUGUAGUAGGAUCACCUUGCUGGACUUGAUCAUUUGUUUGAAAACCAGGGCUGGCUAUUUGGUCCCGGACUGUUUGGUUUUACUCGAAACCGGACCGUAUAACCGGGACCGGGAUCGGACUGGGAUCGGAUAGCAAAUAAUGCAAUCUCAUAUUCGGGCUUAGAUUUGAGGUAAAAACCCCCGAUAAAGACGGGAUAAGAGACCCCCAACACCUAAAAUCAAGAUAAAAUUGGGACCGGACCGGAUCAAGACCGGAGUGUAUCCAAUCCAAUCUUUGAUCCUUAUAUUCCCAAAAAGACCGGACUGGGACCAGAUCAAUUUGUCCAAUUUAACUGGAUCGGAUCGCAUAACCACCCCUAUUGAAAACAGUAUCGAAACUGAGGAUUAAUCCCACUCUUUCAUUUUCCCCCUCUUAAUUGAAGAGACAGAAACGCCGAAGGAAGGGGCCAUCGAGCGCGCGGCCAGGAUUGCCUGUCGGUGGCUGUUCCGUGCCAUGCAUGUAUUUGCAAAAAUGCUAUCUUUCUGUCUCCGUUCGCUUUCAUUCAGAGCCAGCGUAAUCUUUGAUGCAUGGCCCCGGCGCUCGUCUCGUCAAGACUCAGGAUAACGAAUUAGUCUUGCGAUUUUGACAACGAUAUACAAGUCAUAUUUGCCCAUAAAAUUUGUGUUCAUAAUGUCAACUUGGGUUCUAGUUUCGAAGACGUGUAACAAUUAAUACACAGAGUUGAAAAAACAACAGCCAUAUAAUACGCUUUUGGGUUUGGGUUCGUGAGCAGGGUUUCGCCAAGUGGUGGCAUAUAUAUUGAAUAUGGAUUUGAUGGAUGGUGAGAUUAAAUGGAUUUGUGUGUUCAUAAAUUGAUUUGGUUAAUAUUAUGUGGAUAGAUUGAAUUGAAUAGAUGGAUUGGAUAAAUGUGGGCAUGUGAUAAAUGUGUAUGGACUAUGGAUCAUGAGUCGAUAAUUCUCUUGCCCGCACAUGUUAUGGUGGGGCGGGUCGUGCGUCAUGGGAAUGACUAACAACGGAAUUUUACAUGACAAAAAAUUUGGUUUUUUCUUCAUAUUAUCGAAUGAUCAUAUUUUCUGACCGUAUCACACACUAACCUUUGAAUUCUAAAACUAAAAAAACAAAGUUUUGGUUACUAC